UUGGACGUUAGUUUUUAUUGUUUUUAGAUGGUGCACCUAUUUGUAUCUAUCUUUAAGAUGGAUGUUUUAUACUUUUUGAACCGCAUUAGGAUGCUUGACACUUUCUGGACUGCAUAUGAAGAAAUGUAGUCCAGACUGCAUGAAACAAAUUUUCUUUAAAAAAAUCCUCCUAAGUAGGUCUUUUUACAGAUGGAGUAAACUUAUACUAUACUUACUCAAGAGUAUGUCUCCUUUUUUAAUUUAACCACUAUGCCUUUAUUGAGAGUGUGAGGUUUACUACCUCUCUAGUAUUAUCAUUGCGAGAUAUGAAGGCAACUUAAAAAAUAAUAAAAAAAAAAAUAAAAAAAAUAAAAAAAUCUUGGGGGUGGGAUCCUUGUAAUUUUUAGAAAAAAUAACAUCCAAUGAUAAUAAAAACAAACGAAAGUUUUCCGUAGGUAUAAAGCCCUAACAAGAAAGUCUAAAAAUGCAUUGGAGAGAGAGAUUUGGAGUGGAGCACCAACCAAAUUGUAAUAGUUUCCAGUCAAAUAAGACAACAAAACUUGGACCAAUUUGCUUCUAUUUCACAACAACAACAACAACCCGUCAAAAAAAUGAAGGAGAAGGACAAGAGAUUUGGAGUGGAGCACAAGCAACAGCCAGUCAAAAAUGAAGGAGAAGGACAAGAGAUUUGGAGUGGAGCACAAGCAACAGCCAGUCAAAAAUGAAGGAGAAGGACAAGAGAUUUGGAGUGGAGCACAAGCAACAUGAUUAGCAUUUUAUUAUGAGCUAAGAUGGGGUGGACUAUGUGGUCCAUAAAUUGGUCCCUCAUCUUCUCUCGUGCACCACAACCAAAUAAGUAUAGAGUAUGGAGAAGGACAAGAGUGUUCAUGUUCUACUUCUUACCUAUCCAACACAAGGCCACAUAAACCCAUUGCUCCAAUUUGCUGGUCGCCUUGCUAGCAACGGCCUCCGGGCUACAAUCGUGGCUCCGACCCGAUGCAAAGACGAAUUUUGCAAGGCAGACCCCUCUGCCGUCGCCUCCACCAACCUCGAGUUCUUUUCCGAUGGCCACGACAGUGGCUUGCCGCCAGAUCACGAUCGCGAGGCCUACUAUUCCAAUCGUAGGAGUGUUGGCUCACGGGCAGUGGGCGAGUUCAUUGAUCGGCUGACCUUAGAGGGUGAGCGACCCGUCUCCCUCAUCUAUGACUCGUUUCUUCCCUGGGCCUUAGAUGUUGCCCAUGACCAUGGUAUGCUCGGGGUAUCCUUCCUCACUCAGUCUUGUGCAGUGUGCUCCAUAUACAAUCGCUACCGCCGUGGCCUUCCUGUCAUGCCGAAAGAGCUUAAUGGGCGUGUCGCGAUCCCAGGGAUGCCACUGUUGGGCUUACGAGAUCUACCGUCGUUCAUCGCCCAACCUGAAGGCUAUGGUUUCGUUCUUGAAAUGUUGCCGGGCCAGUUCAAGAACAUAGACCGAGCAGAUUAUGUGCUUGUGAACUCGUUUGACAGUUUGGAGGCAGAAUUGAGGAAGGAGAUGGCAGAACCAUGGUCUUUGAAGAUGAUCGGGCCGUCGCUCCCCUCGGUCUACUUAGGUAGUAGAACUCCAAGAGUAACAAAGACAAGUGAUGAACAAGGGAAGCUCAUUGAUUGUCUCCAUUGGCUAGACAAGAGGCCUGUUGGAUCUGUGGUGUAUGUCUCAUUCGGAAGCGUGGCGGUUCUUUCCGCAGAGAAAAUGGAGGAGAUAGCCGGCACCUUGCAUUCGAUCAAGUGGCCGUUCCUGUGGGUGGUGAGGCCCCCAUCUGCACACCAAAAAGGUGGAAAUUCACUGCCCGAGGGAUUCAUAGACGCCACAUCCGAGCAAGGGCUCGUGGUGCCCUGGUGCCCACAGCUCGAUGUCCUUGCACACAGAGCCGUCGGAUGUUUUGUGACCCAUUGCGGAUGGAACUCGACACUGGAGGGGCUAACUCAAGGGGUACCCAUGGUUGCGAUUCCACUGCGGAGCGACCAGCCGACGAACUCGAAGUUCAUCUCCGAUGUUUGGAAGAUGGGCGUGCGCGCUGAGGCCGACGAGCAGGAAGUGGUUCGGAGAGGAGAACUGAAGAGGUGCAUAAGGGAGGUGAUGGAGGGUGAGAGGGGCGCUGAGCUGAGGAGGAAUGCACAGAGGUGGAGAGAUUUGGCUUUAGAGGCCGUGGCCGAAGGGGGCAGUUCGGAUAAUAACAUUAAAGAGUUUGUGGCCAAAGUUGUCGUCUUCUCACUUGAAUAGCAAGUGGGAUGGAUCCAUUUUGGGAUUAAUAAUAGUAAUAAUAAUAAGAAAAAGAUUCCCG